GUAUAACUCCCACAUACGACCAAAGAAUUCUUCGAGCCAAAUUGUGAGAUCCUUUUUGUCCAACGUGUGUGAGGACUUGGAAUCCGGAAGUGCUCCCAUAACAAAUGUGGCGGACUUUAUUGCUUCCAAAGAGCAAAAGUUGUUUUGGAUUCACGGGACCAUAAUAAAUCAUGCCCAACAUGUGUUCGAAAAGUCGAACACAAAGGUGCACAAUUUUGGUGCAACUACUGCAAGCAUGAUGUUCCCUUUUCAAUACUUAG